AUGGUCUUCUGGUUUAUGCAUCGAUAUCCAAUCACGCCAAGACUCUUUGUGCAGGCGCCCCACAAUCUAUCGUAUGUCCAAAUGCUGUAUGCUCUUGCGAAAGGAGCUUUGUCACAUCAAAUCCGCGAUGAGGAGGAUACUCUCGACAAGCUUGUUGACGUAUGCCACCACACAGGAACACAGUUCAAGAGAAUCCGAGAUGCUGCAGAAGCUGAUCAUGGCAACAUGAAACGGGCGAAAGCAUACGCCUAUGAUGGCAUCAUCUAUACCGAAACACUCAUCCAAAAAGAUGCAAAUGCCAACAAGCAAUUGAAACAAGCUUAUUCAACUUUUGUCCAAACCUGGUUUAUCCCUGCUUCGUCUAUUUAA